AAACUGAUAAACAAAAAAAGGUAGGAUUUUUCACAUUGCGAAAACAUGAAAAUGUCUAACGUCAGUAGUAGCGCGUAGCCUUGUCAAGGAUGCAUCAGGAAAACAUUGGUUGUUAUAGAAAAGGUAAACAUUGAAUUUGUAGGCGUAUUCAACGCUUCUUUGGUUUGUGAUUGGUUGUUUGUGCCUUCCGUCACUAUGACGUUGUCACAGCUUCCGUGUUUUUGUUUCUUGUCGCUAAUGUACAUGUGGGUCUACUGGAGAGACUUAAAUAAGAAACAGCAGGUCAGGCUGAGCUGAACUGAGUGGUGAGUAUGGAACCGGGCAGUAUGGGACCGGGCAGUAUGGAACCUGGCAGUAUGGAACCGGGCAGUGUGGAACCGACCAGUGAGCAACCAGACAGCGGUAUGGAACCUGGCAGUGUGGAACCGACCAGUAUGGAACCGCUGGAAACUACCAGGGUUGUGGAAUCGGCCAGCGGUGUGGAACCGGCCAGGGGUGUGGAACCGUCCAGGGUUGUGGAAUCGGCCAGCGGUGUGGAACCGGCCAGGGGUGUGGAACCAUCCAGAGGUGUGGAACCGUCCAGAGGUGUGGAACCGGCCAGUGUUGACAGUCUGAAGGUUCUGUAUCAGAGCUGUGACUACAUCAUAGUGGAUAAGCACUGGGACAUCCGCAUCGACAGCAAGAUGUGGUACGAGAAACACACGGUCCAGAAACAGCUGGGGCUGCGUUUCCCUGAGCUGGCCGACCCCGGGACGUACUAUGGGUUCAGGUUCUGUCACCAGCUGGACUACUCCACCAGUGGGGUUCUGUGUGUGGCUCUGAACAAGGCUGCUGCUGGCCGGGUCUACCACUGCUUUAAAGACCGCAGAGCUACCAAGGUCUACCUAGCACUGGUGAGAAGCUGGGUGGAGGAGGAGAAGAUGACUGUAGAUUUCUCCAUCGGUCAAAACACCACAGAGGGAAGAACACACAUGAUGUGUAUCCAAGGAACAGACGGUUGUGAGAACCCCAAACCCUGUCGGACACAGCUCACAGUGUUGGAGUACGGAGCUUAUGAUGGAGACCCUGUUACCAAGGUGCUGCUGCAGCCUCUGACAGGUCGUACCCACCAGCUGAGGGUCCACUGUGAGGCGAUAGGCCACCCCAUCGUAGGAGACUACACCUACAGCCUGGGAGAAGACAGCGCCCCCUAUCGUAUGAUGCUGCACGCACACCUCCUACACCUCCCUCUGGAGCCUCUCCCCCUGCAGGCCGCCGCUCCUGACCCCUUCACCACGCCCACUGACCCCCGUUGGCGCCCGCAGCACUGCCUCCGGACUGUAGAGGGAGCCGUGGAGACCCUGCUGGAGCGCAGGGCGGCGGAGGAGAGGACGGAGCAGGAGGAGAAGAAGAGGCAGCAGGAGGAGAGGAGGAAGCAGCAGGAGGAGAGGAGGAGGGGGAGAGAGGAGAGUGAGGAGCAGAGGAGGACGUGUCAGCAGUGGUUGUCUGAGUGGACUGAUGUCUGA